ACUAGUAAUUAAUAAUUUAUGAGCCAAGAAUAGUAUUUUGAUAUUCUCAUAUUCAAUCUUUUAUAUAAAGAAAACACUGAUUGAUUUCUUAACCGAACCAAACUAAAACCAAAUAUCGAUUCGGUUAAGGUUUUUUGGGUCCGACUCUAGAGAAGAAAUACGGAAAAAUAAAAUAAAAGGAAAAGGAAAAAUAGGAUUCCGAUUCCGAGUCUCUAGUUCCAAAGAGAAGAAGGCCCUGUGAGAGAGAUCUGGGGCGUAUGGAAAUGUGAAGGAGAUAAAAGGAGAAAAGGAUCUGAGAUAGUGAAAAAUUCUUGUAAUCAUCGAAAUGGUUUGGGAAAAAGAGAAGAUCGUCGGAAGUUGUUUGGCCGGAGGUGCUGCCUUCGCCGUCGGAGCUUCGUUCCUCCAUCUUUUCCUCAAAGGCGAGCUUCCGUUAGGCUUAGGGUUAGGUGUCAGUUUGGUUUCUCCAUGUAACCUCUUCAGAAAACGGAGACCCGUCCGCGUCUACAUGGAUGGUUGCUUCGACAUGAUGCACUACGGCCACUGCAACGCCCUGCGACAAGCUCGUGCUCUCGGUGACCAAUUGGUGGUCGGUGUUGUUAGCGACGAGGAAAUCAUAGCGAACAAGGGACCUCCUGUUACUCCUCUUCACGAGAGAAUGAUAAUGGUGAAAGCUGUCAAGUGGGUGGAUGAAGUGAUACCGGAUGCUCCUUACGCCAUCACGGAAGAUUUCAUGAAGAAAUUGUUCGAUGAGUAUCAGAUCGAUUACAUCAUCCAUGGAGACGAUCCUUGCGUUCUUCCCGAUGGAACCGAUGCUUAUGCACUCGCUAAGAAGGCUGGUCGUUAUAAGCAGAUUAAGCGUACAGAAGGAGUUUCCAGCACUGAUAUCGUUGGUCGCAUGCUUCUCUGCGUGAGAGAAAGAUCUGUUAGCGACAGUCAUAGUCAUUCCUCUCUGCAAAGGCAAUUCAGUCAUGGGCAUAAUAGCCCAAAGUUUGAGGACGGAGGUUCUUCUGCUGGUACUCGCGUCUCACAUUUUCUUCCUACUUCCCGCAGGAUUGUUCAGUUCUCCAAUGGCAAGGGGCCAGGACCUGAUGCACGCAUAAUUUACAUAGAUGGUGCUUUUGAUCUUUUCCAUGCUGGCCAUGUUGAGAUUCUCAGACGUGCUCGAGAGCUUGGAGACUUUCUUCUUGUCGGAAUACAUAAUGAUCAGACUGUCAGUGCUAAAAGAGGAGCGCAUCGCCCAAUCAUGAAUCUCCAUGAAAGGAGCUUAAGUGUUCUGGCAUGCCGCUAUGUAGAUGAGGUGAUAAUUGGUGCUCCAUGGGAAGUGUCGAGAGAUACGAUCACAACAUUUGACAUUUCAUUGGUGGUUCAUGGGACAGUAGCUGAGAGCGAUGAUUUUCAAAAGGAGGAAGAUAAUCCAUAUGCUGUACCAAUUAGCAUGGGCAUAUUCCAAAUUCUAGAAAGCCCUCUUGAUAUCACAACAUCCACAAUAAUCAAGAGGAUUGUAGCGAACCAUGAAGCUUAUCAGAUACGUAAUAAGAAAAAGGAAGCUAGUGAGAAAAAGUACUACGAGCAGAAGGCUUUUGUGUCUGGCGACUGAUAGAAUCAAAAUCUACAUGCUUAGAGCUUUUUUAAGUCCAUCUUCAGCAUGUGAAUGGGUUUCUCGGUUAUCCUAUAUCUUUGUACUGACUAUUGUAGGAUGUUUCUAUUUGAGACUCCAAUGCUACCUAUUACAUUUUGUUCUCUAGUUUUACAAUUUACAUAAAAGAGGUGUUUGAAGCUAUUCUGUUUUCUUCAUUUUUGGGAUGUUUUUUUUU